AUGCGCCAUCUCGUACCGCCCUUACUCCUGCUCACGCGCACUGCUCCGCUCCUCACCUCCUUCCUCCGCCCCUCCCGGUCUCUCCCGUUCCGUCCCCUGCAUUCCCGUUAUCCUCCCCCCAAAACCCUCUCAGCUGCUGCAAAUGCGCAACGCGUUGGCCCGGGUCGUGGUGGUGCGGCGCGUGGACGAGCGGGAAGGACACUUCUCCCCACUCACCACCGCUCCUUGAUAGCGUCAGUGAUCUGCUCAACAGAUGAGAGCGUACCAGAUAUGGUGCGCGCCAUAACGGGAGGCAGAUUGGCGCAUGCAGCGGUGGAGAGCGUGGCGGGCGACCUCACGGGCGCAGUGCUCUCCUCCGUGCGUCCGGGCGGCACCGUGCUGCUCUUUGGGGGCGCAUCCGGGGCCACCUUCUCCGCCUCCAUUGGGGACUUCAUUUUCAGGGGUGUGACGCUCAAGGGCUUCUGGGUGGGCCCUUGCUUGAAGGCGCUGAGCCACGAGCAGCGGCAGGUGGUGGUGAGGGAGGCGUUUGAUCUCAUCGCCAAUGGCACCGUCACCCCGUUUACUGGCGAUAAAAUGGACCUCUCAGAGUUUGCCGCUGCUCUCAAGAACCAGAUGGUGGAGAACCGCCAAGGGAAGAUUCUCCUCUCUGGGUAG